UGGAGCUCGGAGUGGACUGAGCGUCAGCAGCACCGGCAUCUGGAGGAAGACAACAACCAGACAAUAAUUUGCCUGGGAAGAUGACGACAGAACAACUGAAAAGCUUGAGAGAUGAACACUAGCACAAAAGCCACGUCUUCAUGAGAGCAGCUCAGAUUGGUCCACAUGAAUGCCACGUCUCUGGCUCAUCGUUCCUCAGUGACAGCUGGGGAACCAGAAGGAGAGCAAAACGUAAAAUAGCCAAGGCAUCCAAAAAGUUCAUCUAUAAAGAACUUGACAGAGUCAGAUCUUGCUUUGUGGGCAAAGUGUCCAAAGAAGUAAUUAAUCAACUCCUGGAUGGCCUUUUGCAUGAUGGUGUGUUGAAUGAUGGGGAGAAGGAUGCAGUAGUUGAAGAGAAUGACAGCAGAGCGGAUAAAGCACGCUGUCUCAUCGACAAGGUGAAGAGGAAAGGACAUGAAGCCAGCAGCAAGAUGAUUGCUCACCUGGAAAGUGUGGAUAAAACACUGUACUGUGAGUUGGGUCUGUCCAACGUCCAGCCUGCUCAGCCAGCUGCAGCAGGCCCGGUGGCUCAGAGUGGACCAAGUCCUUCAGACUCCAGUGUGGAAGAGUUCUGGAAGUCCAAAAUGGCCGAUCCAGAGGUCUAUCCUGUGACACAAACUUCCUUGAAGAACCGCGUAGCUCUGCUGAUCACUAAUAUCAAGUUUUCUGAGGAAUCAAUGAACAGAAGGGGAGCAGAGAAAGACGAGGAGAACAUGGAGAAACUGCUUUCUAAUCUGGGAUAUGAGGUGGUGAAAUACACAAACCUCACUGGAAAGGCGAUUGAUGAGGCUUUAAUUUACUUCACUAAACAUCCCAAACUAAAACACACUGACAGUGUGUUUGUGGUUCUCAUGUCUCAUGGGAAGCUGGGGAAAAUUCUUGGGGUUGACUGGAAAGAGGACAAACCAGAUGAAUUUCCAAUCAACAACAUUUUCAAACACUUGGGCUCCAAGAGCUGUCCAGAGCUAAGAGAUAAACCAAAGGUCAUCAUCAUUCAGGCCUGCAGAGGAGAACAAAGAGGAAGCGUUCUGGUCAGCGACAGUCCAAACACAGCGGAUCAUGUUCCACAACCUGUGGACCUGGAAGAAGACAAGCUUCAAUUUGUUCACAAAGAGACAAACUUCAUUUCUCUUCUUUCCUGCACACCUGACACUGUGUCGUACAGACAACCAGAUCGUGGGUCUCUCCUCAUCCAAUACAUUGUGGAGGUUUUCACCCCAGAGUCGUAUAAGGAACACAUUUAUGAUCUGUUCAGGAAGGUCAUGCGGCGUGUUGAACAGUUUAGGAGCCAUGAGAAACUACAGAUGCCAACAAUUGACAGAUGCACACUGACAAAGAGCUUCUACCUCUUUCAAGGCCUCCUGCACAACGAUCACUAAUGUCACACAGCUUUGUGUGAUUUGAAGCACUUAGUACUUUUUGUACUUCUUGUUUUGUACUAAAAGUAAUAAAAAAGAAAUUUUUUGUACUUUAUAUUUGAGCUGGUUGCUCAAACCAGCUAGUUUGAGCAACAAACCAACCAAUUACUCAGCCAAUAUGAACUUGUUCUCCUGUUAAUCUAGAGCAGAAUGACCAAAGUGUUUAUGAUUCUGUGUAAUAAUCAUAGUGGAUGUUGAGUUAUGCCAGUUUCAGCUGCAGAGACAUUUUGCUGCAGGCGCUAAGGACGGAGCUAAACAUUUUUCUGAGGAUGCUAUGCUGGAUAAUUUGCUCUUACAGUUCUCAACACACACAGAAGCAAGCACAUAUACAACAGUCACCAAUAUGUGGCUCUCUGGUUUUUAGUUAAAUAUAGUUGGGGCUGGACGACAUGGCUGAAAAAUGUAUAACGAUAGAAGCAUUUCAUAUAAGCCGAUGUCGAUAAUUGUUCAUUAGUUUGUUGUUUUCAAUAUCUGAAAUGCUGCCAAACUGGUGAUGUAAUCAUUCCAGUUUUAUCCACAAUUUCCCCUUAAGCUGUUGAUUUUAUCCUUAGAAAUUUGGGUUGUAGAAAAUGAUCCAUUUUCACAUUAUGUGCUCCUUUCAGAAGUGAAAAUAGGCAUACAAGUUCAUUUUCUGUUGUGAGAUGGGAUUUCUUUUAACCCAAUACAUAAUUAUUU